UCCUGACAGUCAAAAUGAAGGGACUGGUCUCAUUGAGUAUCUUCCUUUCUCUGCUUGUCUUCGUGACGCCAGGAAACCAAGCUUUGGCCACAGACCCAAGUGUCAACGUGAAUGAUGAGAAGUUUAUGAAUGGUAAGCAGCAAGGAGAAAAAGCCAAUCCCCCACUGUCUGCAGACUCAGCAUCUGAUGGUAGUUCAGGCUUGGGAUCUCACAGUUCCACAACAGAAUUCAUUGAUAAAGAAGAAAAAGGUCAGUCACACAUUCAUAGCUGUGCAGCAGCAUGUUCAAGAUGUGCUACUGUACAUGAUAAUAUAGUUAAGAGAGAUGUAAAAGGUCAAGAAUCUCAAAGCAAUGAAGCCAACUUCAAAAAUGACAGCGAGGUGUUGAUUAUAAAUUCUGAAAUAAUUGAAAACCUAGCACCUGCCACUACUGAUGAGAAGGGUAGUGUUCCUGCUGAUAACAUGAACGGUGAUUCACAAGAGUUGGAUCACAACAGCACAGAAAAUGAAAGUGAAGAAAACAAUGGAAAUGAAUCCCAUGAAGAUGAAGAAACAGAACUACGAAAGCCAGCACAAAAUGGGGCCACUGAAAAUGCUGCAGAUUCUGAAGAACAAAUUGAGCUAAACAGCAAUGUAAGUCAGCAAUGGCCUGAGGAGGAUAAUUCCAAUAGUGACUUGUAUCACGAGGAACCUUUUUCAAUGGAAACAGAAAAUAAGAUAACUAGACAAGAAAUGGACAAAUCAAAUGUGUUGGAAGUGGAAGAAAUGGAUAGCCAGGAAGAUAAAAUUGAAGCAGUUGAUUCCGAGCAAGAAGCUAAUAUAAGGAACGGUAAAUCUGAGGGACACCAGCAAAAUUAUGACGGAAUUGACAAUAAAUCUGAGAUUGGAACAGUUGAGAAAAACGUAAUAGAAUCUGAAGCUUCUGAUAGUCAGGAAACUGUAGAAAUUGCAACAAGUGACAAUGGUAAAGGAUCUGAGGAAGGCAGUGAUAAGAAAAUAGCAUUUGCAAAGGAAGUGCAAAUGUUGGAUCAAAAGAUGCAAGAAGUCAGAGUUGUUGAGGAGGAGAUUAUUAAGCCAGUCUUCAAUAUCAAUGAAACUGCUUCCUUCCAAGGAUCUGAGACCACAGGGAAGGAGGAAGCUGCAAAUUUUGAAGGAAGAAUGCCCGACAGCACCGGCGCUAACACAGAGCUAUCUGCUGAAGCAGAGGAGCAGAACAGAGACGAUGAAGGUGAUGAGGCUGAGGUGGAGGGGGAAGAGCAGCCACAGCUCCUGCUGCCUUUCAGAGAUCGAUCUCACAUUGAAAAAACUCUCCGGCUGGAUGAGAAGGCUCCAUCUGAUGAUUAUAGUGGUGUGCUGCAGCGGUUACGCAAGAUAUAUCACAAUGCCAUUAGACCACUGGAACAAGCAUACAAGUACAAUGAGCUGAGGCAACAUGAAAUCACAGCCUACCCAGGACGUUCCAUGAACUCAUUCCAAGAUGGAGAAAUUGUGUCAAAACCAAUGGUGCUGUUCUUGGGACCAUGGAGCGUUGGGAAAUCUACGAUGGUCAAUUACCUCCUAGGACUGGAUGAGACUAUCUAUCAACUUUAUACAGGCGCAGAGCCAACUACAUCAGAAUUUACUGUUUUGAUGCAUGGGUCUAAGAUACGCACAGUGGAGGGAAUUGUCAUGGCUGCUGAUAGUGCACGGUCAUUCUCUCCUUUGGAAAAGUUUGGCCAGAACUUUCUGGAGAAACUUGUUGGAAUUGAACUCCCACACAAGCUGUUGGAACGAGUGACUAUUGUGGACACACCUGGAAUAAUCGAAAACCGUAAACAGCAAGAAAGAGGUUAUCCCUUCAAUGAUGUUUGUCAAUGGUUUAUUGAUCGAGCUGACCUCAUAUUUGUUGUGUUUGAUCCUACCAAACUGGAUGUUGGAUUGGAAUUGGAGAUGCUCUUCCGUCAGUUGAAAGGUCGUGAGUCUCAAAUCAGAAUAAUUUUGAAUAAAGCUGACAAUGUGGCCACUCAGGAACUGAUGCGAGUCUAUGGAGCUCUCUUCUGGAGCCUGGCACCAUUAAUCAAUGUCACAGAACCACCAAGAGUAUACGUUAGUUCUUUCUGGCCAUAUGAGUACCAACCUGAUACAAAUCAAAACCUAUUCCUGAAAGAAGAGGUCUCCCUCCUGGAGGAUCUCAACCAAGUCAUUGAGAAUAGGCUGGAGAACAAAAUCGCCUUCAUCCGACAGCAUGCCAUACGUGUGCGCAUCCAUGCCCUUCUUGUGGAUCGAUAUUUGCAGACUUUUAAAGAUAAAAUGACCUUCUUCAGCGAUCCUGAGCUAGUCUUCAAUGAAAUAUUGGAUGAACCAGACAAAUUCUACAUCUUUAAAUCCAUCUUGGCUAAAACCAACGUCAGCAAGUUUGAUCUUCCCAAUCCUAAUGUCUAUAAAGAUUUCUUUGGCAUUAAUUCCAUUAAUACUUUCAAACUGCUGUCAGCACAGUGCUCAUACAUGGGAGGAUGUCUGCUGGAGAAAAUCGAGCGUAUCAUCACCCAUGAGCUUCCUGCUUUAUUGGGAACCAUCACUGCUGGGAAAAACCCAUCUCUUUCAUCCUGUGACAUCACUGGAUGUGGAGAAACACCAAAGAACCGAUAUAGAAAGCCCUGAACAAGGAGCUAUUACGUUAUUUAUGGGUGAAAUAGUUUGUGUCUUAUGUCCAAGAAGCCAUGGUUCAUUAACCCUUUGAGAACUGAGCUUUAAGCAUCCAGGAACCUGUUGUAUACCUUAAAAGAAAAACUUCUGUACCAUACAUAACAGAAAAUGAGGAUUACAAGAAAUAUUUAAUGAAUAGCAUUCUCUGAACAAAGAUGUAUCAACCUGGUCAUUUUUUGAUACAGCUUAGAAAGAUUUAUAAAGGGCUCAGAGGGUUAAUUUAUUUGCAAUGUGGCAAGUGGUUAGUGUGUCUCAGUGCAUGUUUAGAGUAGAGCUUUGAUAGCAAUUCUGCCCUGUUUGGAGCAUGAUGAUUCCCAGUUCUUGCUGCUGCUAACAUUUUGUUCAUGUACCUUUUUAAUCUCACUUUUCUUCUCCCCCCCGCACUUCAUUACUUAUUCCUUGUCACAUUGAUCUGCUUGCUGUGUUUAAAACACCUAAGUUUCCACCUUCACCCAACCAUUUUUUAAGCUAAAUAAUAAAGUCUCCCUCUCUUGCCACCCCAAAUGAUUGGAUCAUCUUUAAUCCAAAUGUCAAAUUAUGCACAGAUCCUCCACGAGGCCAUGCAUGCUUUAAAAGCUUUAAUUACAGGCCUCUUGGAAACUUAGCGACCAUUGCUGUUGGUUCCAUUGCUGAAUUGUACAGAUUUUCUCAGAUGUCUGUUCUCUGAAGUAGCAAACAGACAGUAAAGGGCAUUGGUGAGUAGAAAAAAUUAUUACAAACAUGUAAAAACAGACUUUUACAUUCACAAGCAUUAAACAGCUUCAUCCAGGUUUAUCCCAGUUUUGGUUUAAGAUUACAGGUUGUGGAUAACUUAUAGGUAAUUAGACUAGUUAGCUUUUCUCCAUUUUUGUUCCAUUCAUUUUUUCUUUCAGGUAAUCUUACCUGAUGUGCCCACCAUAAUUGCUUGUGCAGUGGACAUACCAACUGCUUCAGACCAUUGAUCACGUCUCAUGCAGUCACUCUGCAUUGAGUUUUUCUUGAAAUACUUCACUAUCCUGUAUUUGCAUGAUACAAACACUCUGCACUGACAUCUGCAUGACGUUGAUAAGCGUGAUCAAAAAUGGUUUUGAGGUGCAAUCUUGUGGUAUUCAGGUUAAAGUAUGACCUUAUAUAGUUUAUAACUGCGUACAAGACAAUUUGGAAGGUGAAAUGUAUCCUUGCAUUGUAGGCUUAGAACACAGCAGAGCUAAAAUGAAGAGUACUCUGGAGAUAAUGAGAUUAUAUGCUCUUUACUCCAUUUCUUUUAAAUGCCUCCCUUUAUAUUUUGCCCGUUCACUGCUUUGGUUGUUUAUCUAGUAUAACAAACUAAUCCUCAUCAUGGCUUCCCUCUGUGACCUACAGUUGUGACAAAUGAAAAAUAUCACCAUCUCCAUUCAAUAAAUUUCCACUAAUAUGGUACUGAUAACAAUGAUUCAGCUGUAGAAAAUGAAGGAGUUUUCUUUAAUGGACUAAGAAAUCAACUGAGACAAUCAGAGAAAUGCGCUUGUAAGUAGAAAGGGAGAGUUUAUGAGACAACUUUAGUAACAGUGAGUAAAAGCUGGGCUCAGAACAGUAUGGAAUGUCAUGGGUAUUUGUGUAAAGGUGACAAAACACAGGUUAAUUGCUGGUCAAUCAGCAAUCAAACAAAUUUGAAUGACUUGUUAAUAAAAGCCUACAGUAUGUAAGAGAAAUUCUCUCAGGGACAGUCUGAUUGAAUCAUGGACAAUGAGUUUCAGAAUCAGAUUAAAUUGGUAACAAACUAGUUUUUGAGAAAGGUUUCAUGUUGCAACCUACCUAAUUCUCAGCAACAUGGAUAGACAGAAGUGAAAUUGGGCAACACAGCAGGUUAAGCAAUGUUGAUUCAUUUGGUCACUGGAAAACGAGAAUCAUAAGGGAUCUAAUGUAUGUAAUAUUCAAUUGGGAAAAUGGAGCAGUUAAUAUGAAGGUACUGCAAUGCCCCAAAUUUUGUCCAUAUUUGCCCUGCAAUAUAAUCUUCUCCAUUAUUUUGAAUCACUAUGAGGUGUAAAAUAACAAAGGCAAAACUGAUGACGAUUACUUUGGGAAGCAUUGAUGUUGUAUUCAGUUAGCAAUCUACAUGUAUCUCAAAACUGUAUGUCUCAUUCUUCCUGAACAAUGACUGAAUUUACAAAAUGACAAAGUCAGUUUGGCCCAUUAGUUGUGGGUGGUAAUUAGCCAUGUACAAUCAUACAGCAUCCAUAGAAUCUUCUAAGGAAAAUGAAGAUCAUUAAUGAUCUGAUAACUGCAUUUCUGACCUGCAAAUUCUGGAUCUUGGUGAAGUACAAUAAUUUGGCCAUAUUGGUUUAGAGGCAAAAUUGAAGGCAUUAGGCUUUGUUCGGUUUAAUUCAGACAAAGUUAUCUAUCUUUAAGCUGUGAAAGAUAUGCUAUUUUAUAAUUAUAUUUUGCCAGAAAAUCUUGCAUUUCCUGUGUGCUGUGGGUUUCUCACUGUUUGGAGAAAACCUCACAUCUAAGCAAAUUAUCUCCCAAGAUGAUCAAGAUUCUACAGGAUCAGUUGCAUGAAUGCAUGUAUCUGGUGAGGGGCCUUGCUAUUGGAAACAUACUGGAGACAUUGUAGCCAGAGAUUGCAUCAAGUUUAAUGGAUGCACAGUUAUGUAGACUUGUGUAGAUUGCAUCUAAACCUUCCAAUUCUCAGUCUCUUCAUGCCCCCAAAUAAUUUCAUGUAAAAAAAUUUGGAUUAACUUGGCAGUGAGAAAAUUUUGUGCUCUUUGGUUCAAAAAUGAAUCUCUGUUUUGAACCUGAAAGUGCAGGCUUAACAGGACAGGAGGCAAUGAGCUAAAUCAAUAAGGGGAGUUUACUUCUAGCAUAGAGGUGGUUUGCAUGUCAGUGUAACCAUUUAUGGCAUUUAUAGUGCCUACUUAAAGAUUUAAUUUGGCUUAUAGGGAAUUUUAUUAGAUUGAACCUGAAUUUUGGAAUUAAUCUUUUAGGGAUGUUCGGGGUUGCAAGAUCUUAAAUUCUAAAAUUGAAAGGCUUAGAAAUAUCCCAAAGUCAGACUGUUACCACUGAUAUUCAAGUUUAGCUACACAAUAAAUCAAAGAGUAAUUCAGUUUGUAGACAAAGCAGGCCCUUCUAAUAAAGCUCAUUAUCAAACAUUUCACUUGGUCCUUUAGUUUUCGUUUUCCUGAGUCAGUCUCUCACUUGAAUUUAUUUAACUGCAAUGGUUAGUUCCUUUAAUAUUAAAAGGUAGCAGACUUGCCAACAAUUCUGUAGAAUAAAAUGUAUCUUUUUUGUGUACACCAACUUUUCGAUUCUCCAUGUGUCAUCUCCUCUGGAAACUCCUAGUUGUGGCUCACUGCCUUUGUAAAGUAUUUACAAUAUGUUUUUUUCUGUUCUACAGAGUACAGAAAUGACAGUCAAUACAGAAGCUGGAGGAAAUCCACUAAUAACCAUUAAAAAUUAAGUCUCAAA